AUGGAAGAAAAGUUAGCCGCAGCAGAGAUAUUGAUUUCCAAAUGGGACACAAAUAAAAGCAGCAAAAUGCUCUUUCAGAGCAACGCAGAAGAAGUCCGUGUGUACAUGGACUCAGUCGAAAAUCUCCAACGGCUCAUGGAACAUUUGUCCGCCGGCGGAACCAAAGCUGCCGAACUCGUCCGUGCGCAGCGGCUGAUGAAACUAUCGAUGUCACGUCUGCAGAACGAGUUUCACAAAAUUCUGUUAUCUAACAGCGAACCCAUCGAUCCAGAUCGGGAGUCAUCGGCCCGACCGUCCUCCUGUUCGAGCACAGAGGACAGCAUCACUACUUCCACAUGCUCUGACGGCGACGGCGACAGCAGCAGCCAAUCCAGCCCCAAUUGUUUGUCAGCAGACAGAGUCUGUGAAUUCGACAUGGUUCCGUUGGACGCCGUGGUGGAUCUCCGGAAUAUAGCCCAGCGUAUGGCGAAGAGUGGGUACGCGAGGGAAUGUGUUCGAAUCUUCGCUCUCACCAGAAAGUCCGUGGUGGAAGAGAGUUGA